AUGUCUUUCUUUUAUUUGACGCCUGUAAAAGGGGAUAUGCCAGUGUAUUUAUUGGAGAUAAUCAUUACAAAUAGAUUAAAAUACUUGAAAGAUAUUAUAAAAGGAAAAGAAAGUAUUUACAAUGAAUAUUUGGUGGAAGGGGGCAUUUACGACAAUGUUGGACAUUUUAUCUUGUGCACCUUAGGAAUUUUAGGAAAUAAUUAUGGAUUUUCAAAAUUUUUAUUACAAGCCGAAGUGGAGCUAUUUAAACGUAGACUUGAAUCACUUUCAGCAUAUGACCUUCGAUGUUUUUCAAAAAGACUGUUAAAGGCUUUAAGAAAACUGGAAAGAACGGCACCAUUUAUUGAACCUCUGCAAGUUUUAUGCCAACAUUUAAUUUUACGGAACCUUGUCCAUCAUAUUGGACAGUACCAUGAUAAUAAUUGCUGCACAUACAAUAUUAAAAUAAAAUUCAAUCAUUGUUUACAACUAGUAGCAAAAAGACAAGUUGAACUUAGAAAUGGUAUUGCACAUAUACCUUGUAGUAAAUGGAAAUCAUAUUUAAUAACACUCUUUAAUAACCAAUUAAAAUAUAGGUUAAGAAACAUAGACUUGACAGUCCUUAAUAAUGAUGUACGUAUAAUUGACUUAUUGUAUAAAUUUAAAGAUCAAUUUAAUUGCUUUAAUAAUGACUGUAAAAGUAAGGUUCUAAUGAGUAAAGAUGUUGAUCUUGCAUCAAAGUUUUUUCCACCUUGUAUGCUUAAUCUUCAUCAGUACUUACGUCAAAAACAUAGAUUAUCUCAUAUGCAAAGAUUUUAUUAUAGUUUAUACCUUAAAGACAUAGGCAUGCCUGUAGAAGAAGCUAUUGACUUUUGGAGAAUGGAAUAUAAAAAAAUGCCAAAUGGAAGUCACAGCUGUGGCCAUACUUGGGAUAAAGAUGAAAGGAAAUUUAUUUAUGGUAUUAGACACCUCUAUGGCUUAGAAGGUGGUCGGAAGAUUUAUACCUCAGUUGACUGUCAGCGAAUCCAAAAUGAAAACUAUGCCUCUUCUGAAGGUGGAUGUCCCUUCAAAUCUUUUGAAAGCCAUAGAAUGCGAGAAAUUCUUGAAUCAGAUAGUAAUGAAGUAGUUUUGUCACAAAUUAAUGAACUGAAGGAACAUAAACAGUAUGUUCCAGCAUGCCAAUUGUAUUUAAAAAAGAAAUUUACAAAAAAUGUUGACAGUAUCUUUGAACAUAGCUUUAAUUUUACACCACUAAAGUUUUAUGAAAUUGCUUCAAAAGCACAUUGUAACUAA